GACACAAACCAGUUUGAGAAGGCAGAGUUAAAAGGAGGGAAAAAAAGAGAAGGCAUUAUUUUGUGCAGCGAGAGAAGGAAGGCGUGGACUUCCUCCAAACCCUUCCAGGAGAAUUUCAGCUUGAGGGACGCGCGAGAGGUGCCGACAUGGACUGGGGCACCGAUUUGUGGGACCAGAACGAUGUGAUCGACAAGCACACUCAGGCGGGCCUGGACCUGGUGGAGCGCUACAUCAAGUUUGUGAAGGAGCGCACUGAGAUCGAGCAGAGCUACGCCAAGCAGCUCAGGAGUCUGUCCAAGAAGUACGCCAAGAGAGGAAGCAGAGAUGAGCAGGACUGCAGAUUCAGCAACCACGCCGCCUUGCAGGAGAUCCUGAAUGAGCUGAACGACUACGCGGGCCAGCGGGAGUUGAUUGCCGAGACCAUGAUGACCAACAUCUGCGUGGAGCUCGCCAAGUUCCUGCAGGACCUCAAGCAGGACCGCAAAGCGCACCUUUCCGACGCCAAGAAGGCCCAGCAGAACCUGGAGAGCAGCUUCAAACAGCUGGAAAGCACCAAGAAGCGCUUUGCCAAGGAGUGGGCGGAAGCCGAAAAAGCCACGCAGCAGGCCGAGAAAACCGAGAACGACCCCAACACCACAAAGAUCGACGUGGAUAAAGCCAAGCAGCACGCGCACGUCCGCACGCACGCGGCGGAGGAAUGCCGCAGCGACUACGCCGCGCAGCUGCAGAAGUACAACAAGGAGCAGAAUUAUUUCUACUACACGGAGAUACCACAGAUCUUCAAUAAGCUCCAGGACCUCGAUGAGCGUCGGAUUCGCCGUCUGGCGGAAGGAUACUGCCAGUUCUCCGAGCUGGAGAAGAAAGUGCAGCCCAUCAUCUCCAGAUGUCUGGAGGGAAUUUCGGCGGCCGGAGCCAAAGUGGACGAAAAGCAGGACUCGCUUCUGCUGGUGGAGCAGCACAAGUCGGGCUUCGAGCGUCCCGGCGACCUGGACUUUGAGGACUACACGCAGGGAAUCAAAGCGGCCGGCUCCGACUCCAGCCUCAACCCGCCCAAAGUUCGAGCCAAGCUUUGGCCCUUCAGCAGGAAGCACAAGACGACGCAUGCCGAGAAACACGUGCCAGCGCCGGCCGAGGACUUCUCGCACCUUCCUCCCGAGCAGAGGAAGAAGAUGCUGCAAGCCAAGAUUGACGACGUCUCCAAUAAGCUUCACAUGACCCAAGAGACCAGCGAGGCCCUGGAGAAGAUGAAGGCCGUGUACGAGCAGAACGCCGACUUGGGCAACCCGUCCAUCCUGGAGCCGCAGAUGGCCGAGACGGCGCAGAACAUCGGAUACCUGCGCGGCGAGCUGGCCAAAUACGAAACGUGGUUGUCCGAGGCGGUGGGAGGAGACGAAUGCACCAACGCCAUCGUCAACAACAACAACAACAACCAGCAGCACCUCACGCAAAACAUGGCCGAGAUGUCUGAGAACCAUCAGAACAUUUACACCGAGUUUGACGACGACUUUGAAGACUGUGGCCAAUGCAUGGCUUUGUACAACUUUGAAGGCACAAGCGAGGGCACCAUCUCGGUGACGGAGGGCGAGCUUCUGACCAUCAUGGAGGAGGACAAAGGCGACGGCUGGAUGAGGGUCCUGCGGGCCAACGGCGACGAGGGCUUCAUCCCGUCGUCCUACGUCAAGAUGGCGUCCUAACGCCUCAACGUGCCGGCUGGUACUCUUUGCAACUGCUCCAUGUCAAAAACAUCUUUCUUUCGCAGUA